AUGGCUUCACCUUCAUGGGUUUACCUUAUGCUGCUACUCCUAGCUGCGGUCCCCGCAUGCCAUCCCCGCCCACUUUCUGAUGACGACGUCGACAAAAUCAUGACCAACCAGCCCCUGCCGCCAUCCAUGAUCUCCUGCUCAACUGCUGGCAACUACAGCGAUGGAAGCCAGUACCACGUGAAUCUCGAUCGGCUCCUGUCGGCCAUCCCCAUGGCCGCCGCCGAAGACGGCGGUUUCUUCAACCGCAAAUUCGGCAUGGAGGGCGACGAGGUCUUCGGCCUCUUCAUGUGCUACGCGGGCGACACCGACUCUGAGUGCCAGGACUGCCUCACCCGUGCACCUGUGGGUGUCAUGAAGCUGUGCCCACACAGCCGUACGGUUCGUGCCGUCUACAACGCCUGCACCCUUCGGUACUCUGAUGAGUCCUUCUUCUCCGUUGCCGACCUCGUAGACAUAUCCGACCUCUCCGAUGCGCCCCACAUGGAAGUGGAACGAUCCUCUUACCGUACUCAGUACGGCGGAGGUGGACACAGUUAUGCACCUUGGUACGAGAGAGUCCUACCACUGGUAGGGUACGUCGUCGACACGGCCGGCAUGAGCCACAUGAGGUUGGAGCUCAUUCGCCGGCUCAUGGGGAAGGCAGGCCAAGCGCACGAGAGGAUCGCCGAGGGCAAACAACGGUUCACUUACACGCAAUGGGUGUGGGCGGUGGUGCAGUGCACAAGGGACCUGCCGGCAAGCGAAUGCACCCGCUGCCUCUCCUAUUACACCGAUCAGCUGCCGCGGUUGUUCCCGAACAACAGCGGCGGGGCCAUCAAGGGGUACAGCUGCUACCUGGGGUACGCCAUCCUUGCCGACAAGCCUUCUACUGUGCGGCUUAACAGGUACCGGUACAGCGAGAGCUAUCAGAGGGAGAUGGCGGCCCAUGAACAGGAGCGCAGAAAUGAGCGCAAGAGGGAGAUGGUGAACCGGGAGUCAAGACGCAGAAAACGGCGACGAAAGGUAGUUACCAUUAUCAGCCUUGUCGUCAUCGCCGUGGUGCUUGUGGUCUGCGUGAUCGGCCUGUUGGUUCGGUUCAUGUGGUACCGGUGGCGAAGAUGGGUGGCAGCGGCCAAGGUUGCCAUGAGAUCAUUCAUGGAAAAACUGUCGAAAGAUGCGGUCUACUUCUGCGGCAAAAGCGCACGGCAAGACGAGCUCGAGCAAGGGACUGGACCGAGACGAUUCAGGUACGCCGAGCUUGCGGCCGCCACCGACGGCUUCUCUGGAAGGAACAAGCUAGGAGAAGGAGGCUUCGGAUCCGUGUACCGAGGGUUCCUCCACAACAUGAACCUUCACAUCGCCGUGAAGAAAGUAUCCAAGAGCUCUCGUCAGGGCUGGAAGGAGUUUGUCUCUGAGGUGAGGAUCAUUAGCCGACUCCGUCACCGGAACCUCGUGCCGCUUGUUGGAUGGUUCUAUGGCGGUGACGACAAUGGUCUUCUGCUUGUCUACGAGCUGAUGCCCAAUGGCAGCCUGGACGCUCACCUGCACAAGCCGGACCACCUGCUGCCGUGGGCAGUCAGGUAUGGGGUCGCACUCGGCCUCGGCUCCGCACUGCUGUACUUGCACGAGGAGACGGAGGAGCGCAUUGUGCACAGGGACAUCAAGCCAAGCAACAUCAUGCUAGACGCGUCCUUCAACGCCAAGCUCGGUGACUUCGGGCUUGCGAGGUUCAUCCGCGAUGGCCGGGGCUCGCUCACGACGGGUGCAGCUGGGACGCUCGGGUACAUGGACCCGAAGUGCGUGUUUGCGGGCACAGCCAUAGUGGAAUCUGACAUCUACAGCUUCGGUGUCGUCCUGCUCGAGAUAGCCUGUGGUCGGGCGCCAGCGGUAGCCGUAGACGACGACGACGACGGAGCAGUUAUCCACCUGUUGCAGUGGGUACGGGAGUCAUACGGCAGAGGGGCCAUCCUUGAGGCAGCCGAUGCCCGGCUGGACGGCAAGUUCGACGAAAAAGAGAUGGAGCGUGUCAUGGUGGUCGGGCUUUGGUGCGGGCACCCCGACCCCAGCCUGAGGCCGUCCAUCAGGCAGGCUGUCAGCGUGCUGCGUUUGGAGGCCCCGCUGCCGAGCCUCCCAGCGGAGAUGCCGGUCCCAACAUACAUGAUGCAGCCAGCGGCUGAUGAAUCUGUUGGCUCUUUCGUGGUCAGUAGUGGCGGGGAUGCCAAAUCAACUCAUUCGGUUCGGGGCAAAGUCGAGUAGAUGACUACUACAUCCCCGAUCUGGA